GAGCAGCCAAGAUGGAGCCGGCGGUCGGCAGUCCCGGCCUGCUGAUCAUGAACAACAAGCAGCCCCAGCCGCCGCCACCUCCGCCGCCCGCAACGGCGCAGCCUCCUGCUGGGGCACCGCGGACCGCCGGGAGCCUCCUGCCCGGGGGCAAAGCCCGAGAGUUCAACCGCAACCAGCGCAAAGACUCGGAGGGCUAUUCCGAGUCUCCAGACCUGGAGUUUGAGUAUGCUGACACAGACAAGUGGGCUGCAGAGCUCUCAGAGCUUUACAGCUAUACAGAAGGGCCAGAAUUCCUGAUGAAUCGAAAAUGCUUUGAGGAGGACUUCCGGAUGCACGUGACAGAUAAGAAGUGGACUGAGCUGGACACUAGCCAGCACCGCACCCACGCUAUGAGGCUCCUGGACGGCUUGGAGGUCACUGCCAGGGAGAAGAGGCUGAAGGUGGCUCGAGCGAUUCUCUACGUUGCCCAAGGCACCUUCGGGGAGUGUAGCUCGGAGGCAGAGGUGCAGUCCUGGAUGCGCUACAACAUCUUUCUGCUCCUGGAGGUGGGCACAUUCAACGCUUUGGUGGAGCUUCUGAACAUGGAAAUAGACAACAGUGCUGCCUGCAGCAGUGCGGUGAGGAAGCCGGCCAUCUCCCUGGCUGAUAGCACGGACCUGAGGGUCUUGCUAAACAUCAUGUACCUGAUUGUGGAGACCGUUCACCAGGAAUGUGAGGGUGAUAAGGCCGAAUGGAGGACAAUGCGACAGACCUUCAGGGCUGAGCUGGGUUCCCCUCUGUACAACAGCGAGCCAUUUGCCAUCAUGCUAUUUGGGAUGGUGACCAAAUUUUGCAGCGGCCAUGCCCCUCACUUCCCCAUGAAGAAGGUUCUCUUGCUGCUCUGGAAGACAGUACUGGGACCAGCUUACGGACAUGUUGUCCCGGCUCCGCGCCUGUCUGUGACACAGUGCACACUGGGCGGCUUUGAGGAGCUGCAGAGCAUGAAGGCCGAGAAGCGUGCCAUCCUGGGCCUCCCCCCGCUGCCUGAGGACAGCAUCAAAGUCAUCCGCAACAUGAGGGCCGCCUCUCCCCCAGCCUCUGCCUCUGACCUGAUCGAGCAGCAGCAGAAGCGGGGCCGUCGGGAGCACAAGGCUCUGAUAAAGCAGGACAACUUGGAUGCCUUCAACGAGCGGGAUCCCUACAAGGCUGAUGACUCUCGAGAGGAGGAAGAGGAGAAUGAUGACGACAACAGUCUGGAGGGGGAGGCAUUCCCCCUUGAGCGGGAUGAGGUGAUGCCUCCCCCACUGCAGCACCCCCAGACUGACAGGCUUACCUGCCCAAAGGGGCUCCCGUGGGCUCCCAAGGUCAGAGAGAAAGACAUUGAGGUGUUCCUUGAGUCCAGCCGCAGCAAGUUCAUAGGUUACACUCUGGGCAGUGACACGAACACAGUGGUGGGGCUGCCCAGGCCAAUCCACGAAAGCAUCAAGACUCUGAAGCAGCACAAGUACACGUCGAUUGCAGAGGUCCAGGCGCAGAUGGAGGAGGAAUACCUUCGCUCUCCUCUCUCAGGGGGAGAAGAGGAAGUCGAGCAAGUCCCUGCAGAAACCCUCUACCAAGGCUUGCUCCCCAGCCUGCCGCAGUACAUGAUCGCGCUGCUGAAGAUCCUGCUGGCCGCAGCUCCCACCUCAAAGGCCAAAACGGACUCAAUCAACAUCCUAGCAGAUGUCCUGCCUGAGGAGAUGCCCACCACAGUGUUGCAGAGCAUGAAGCUGGGAGUGGAUGUGAACCGCCACAAAGAGGUCAUUGUUAAGGCCAUUUCUGCGGUCCUGCUGCUGCUGCUCAAGCACUUUAAGUUGAACCACGUCUACCAGUUUGAGUACAUGGCACAGCACCUGGUGUUUGCCAACUGCAUCCCUUUGAUCCUGAAAUUCUUCAAUCAAAACAUUAUGUCUUACAUCACUGCCAAGAACAGCAUCUCUGUCCUAGACUACCCUCAGUGCGUGGUGCAUGAGCUGCCAGAGCUGACUGCCGAGAGUCUGGAAGCAGGUGACAAUAACCAGUUUUGCUGGAGGAACCUCUUUUCUUGUAUUAAUCUGCUUCGGAUCUUGAACAAGCUGACAAAAUGGAAGCAUUCGAGGACGAUGAUGCUGGUGGUGUUCAAGUCAGCCCCCAUCUUGAAGCGGGCCCUGAAGGUGAAACAGGCCAUGAUGCAGCUCUAUGUGCUGAAGCUGCUCAAGGUGCAGACCAAGUAUCUGGGGCGGCAGUGGCGAAAGAGCAACAUGAAGACGAUGUCUGCCAUCUACCAGAAGGUGCGGCAUCGGCUGAACGAUGACUGGGCUUACGGCAAUGAUCUUGAUGCCCGGCCUUGGGACUUCCAGGCAGAGGAGUGUGCCCUCCGUGCCAACAUCGAGCGCUUCAACGCCCGGCGGUACGACCGGGUCCACAGCAACCCCGACUUCCUGCCUGUGGACAACUGCCUGCAAAGUGUCCUGGGCCAGCGGGUGGACCUCCCUGAGGACUUCCAGAUGAACUACGACCUCUGGUUAGAAAGGGAGGUCUUCUCCAAGCCCAUUUCCUGGGAAGAGCUGCUGCAGUGAGGCUCCUGGGCAAGAGACUGAAAAUGAAAGAAGGGGUGAUCUCCAGGUACCCCAGGGGCUGUCCUGGUUCCUUGCUGCAGUGCUCCCAUCCCCCUCCAGGUGGCAGCACAGCCCCACUCUGCCCUUCCCAGCCAGCGCUGGGCUGGCUGGGGAGUCUGCAUCUGACCUCUCAUUGAUUCCCAGCGUCCUGCUCGGGAGUGGUCAUCUCUCUGCUUGGGAUCCUCUCUUCCUUCACUCCUCCGCGCCCUCCUCUCUUGGACAUAGUUGGUUGCAGCUCAUUUGUCAUUCCACCCAAGGCUGGGAAAACCUGGGAUGGGCUGGGAACCCGCUGCAUCUGAAUUUCAGGGGUCAUGCUGACUCUUCCUGAGACACACAAAUCCUUGGCAUGUCAGCUUGCCAAAGAGGAGGGCUUAGGAUUAGAGCCAGGCCAGAAAGUCAGAAUCUUGGUUUUGCUUUGGGGGGUUUCUGAUGUCAUUCCAGGCUCUUGCUAAGUUUCAUCCAGAAGCAAUUGCAGAGGCUCCUGCAGCUGCCUCAGCAGUUUGGUUUUGGAUGGGGUUGGGACAGGAAGAGAAGCUUCCCUUAACCAGAGGUGCCAUUUUUUUUUUUUCUUGGUGUGCAAGGUUCUGUAAAUGUAUAUGAAUCUGCGUGUGUUCUCUUGUGUCAUGUUGGGGUUUUUAAUGUGUUUGUGUAUUCUGUUUACAUUAAAAGGAAGCAAAAACAAUGCCCAUUGCCUU